CGGGAAGCCGUGCCCCCGCCGCUUGCCUCCCGGUAACGGCGCCCUCCGUCCCAACCCCGCCGCGCUGUCCCCGCCUGCCGCCGCGCCCGGACAGCCGCGGGGGCGGCCUUGCGAAGCGGCCCCCCCGGCCGCCGCCGGGGGAGGAGCGGAGCGGAGCCACACGGUACCGUCGCUCGCCGCCAGCCCGGCCGGCUCUGCGGGGAGGCGGCUGCCGGAGCGGCUGCGGGCGCGCCGGGCGGGGCUGCCCCCGGGCCUCUCCCACCGCCCCGCGGCAUGGUCGUACCCGCCCCGCGGCGCUCCCGCCCCGCGCCCGCCGCCCGCCCGCCGCGCCGCUGGGGCCAGCGGGAAGAUGGAUGGGCACGUCCUGGGCUGGAUCGUUGUCCUGUGGCUCGCAGCUGACGUGGAAGGGUUGCAGGUCACCGUGCCUGAGAAGAAGAAGGUGGCAAUGUUGUUUCAGCCCGCUCUGCUUCGCUGCCAUUUCUCUACUUCUUCCACCCAACCAGCGGUGGUACAGUGGAGGUUUAAAUCUUACUGCCAGGACCGGAUGGGAGAAGCUUUGGGUAUGGCAACUUCUGGUGUACAAACAAUGAGCAAGAGGAACCUGGACUGGGAUCCCUACUUGGACUGUGUGGACAGCAGGAGGACAGUCCGUGUUGUGGCCUCCAAACAAGGAUCUGCUGUUACUAUAGGGGACUUCUAUAAGGAAAGAGAUAUCAGCAUUGUCCACGAUGCAGACCUUCAGAUUGGGAAGUUGAUGUGGGGAGACAGUGGGCUCUAUUACUGCCUUAUUAUCACACCGGAUGAUGUGGAAGGCAAGAAUGAAGAAGCGGUGGAGCUGCUUGUGCUUGGCAGGACAGGGCUGCUUGCUGAUCUCUUGCCCAGUUUUGCUGUGGAGAUUAUGCCAGAGUGGGUUUUUGUGGGCCUGGUGAUCCUCGGGGCGUUCCUGUUCUUCCUCCUGGUGGGGAUCUGCUGGUGCCAGUGCUGCCCACAUAGCUGCUGCUGUUACGUCCGCUGCCCCUGCUGUCCUGAGUCCUGCUGCUGUCCCCGGGCACUGUAUGUAGCAGGUAAAGCAGCAAAAGCUGGGUAUCCCCCUGCAGUCUCCUCCAUGCCAGGUCCAUACUACAUCCCCAGCGUUCCUGUAGCUGGUGUCCCGUCUCCUGCUGUGCUGAUGGAUAAGUCGCACCCACCUCCCUUAGCCCCAAGUGACUCCAGCGGAGGAAGCCAAAAUGCAGUGCGCAAAGGGUAUAGGAUCCAGACUGACAAAGAAAGGGACUCCAUGAAGGUGCUGUACUAUGUCGAGAAAGAACUGGCUCAGUUUGAUCCAGCUAGGAGGAUGCGAGAACGAUAUAACAACACCAUCUCUGAACUCAGCUCUUUGCAUGAGGAUGACUUGAACUUCCGUCAGCCCUACCGCCAGGUGCGAAGGAAGCCUCUGCCUCCUGCGGGGGACCUGGAUGGCGAUGCUGAAUACUGGGCAGGAGUGGUUGGCGGGGGCAGCACAUCAAGAUCACAGGCUGUCUCCGACUACAGAGAUGAGCGGGACAGUUUCCGGCACAGCCAGCAGAGAUCCAAGUCCGAGAUGUUGUCCCGUAAGAGCUUCUCUGUGGGAGUGCCGGCCGUCUCUAUGGACGAGCUGGCAGCCUUUGCGGAGUCCUACAGCCAGCGGACCCGGCGGGCGGACAGCCAAGAGACUCGGCGUUUUGAGCGGUCAGAGUCGCACGGUGGGCGCAGCGGAGGACUGCACCACCAGGAUAGCUCCAUGGAGGAGUACUACACCAAGCGUAGCAGAGGGAACCGAGAGCCGCUGACGGACUCGGAUCGGGGCUGGUCAUACAGCCCACCCCGGAGACGGGCCCAUGAGGAGAAGCACCUGCCCAGGCUGGUGAGCCGGACGCCUGGAGGGAGCCAGAAAUAUGAUCACUCCUACCUCAGCAGCGUCUUGGAGAGGAAAUCCCGGAGCUACGAUGAGAGCGGGGACCGGAGUGAAACCCCCUCAAAGCUGAGCUCGCAGCCCAGCCAGAGAGGAGGGGGAACAUACUAUGCCUGGUCACCACCCUCUACCUACAAAGCUGAGAAGUCGCAGCAGCAGUCGCAGCAGCCACCGCCUCAGCAGGAGGAAGGGGAGGAUACCCUGCCCCCAUACAGCGAGAGGGAGCUGAGCCGGGGCCCUUCGUACAGGGCCAGGGAGCAGGCCUACCUCAAUGCCUCUGACAAGAAGAGGAAAAAGGACCCCAAGAAAACAAAUGAUUUCCCAACAAGGAUGUCCCUUGUAGUUUGAAGUUGUUGUGGACAUAUCGUGUUGAUGGGCUGGAUACCAUGAGGUGACUGCAAUGGAAAAGAUACAGAGCAACACGCAAGAGAAGCCUCUGUGAACCUUUGCAGCCAUCAGCCAUGGAUGGACUCCGCUUCAAUUGUUUGUUUCAUCAGGGAGAGCAGAGGCUUUUGUAAGAGACAGACUCCCAUGAACAGCACUCGUUCUCAGAGGCUCUGGGAAUCUGCCAGGAAAAUGAGGCCAGGGCUCUCUUUGGCACCCUGUUUUCUAGUGCCCUCCAUUCUGCGCUGGAAGGCAGCCACAUCCCCACUGUCCCUGCUGCCCUGAACUACAAGCGAGGCUGCCUUUGGUCCUCCUGCCUGUCUCAUGUGCAGAGAGAGGCCUGUGUGCAUACCUCUUGCUCUCUCUGUCUCCUCAGCUCUCUGUUUGGAUCAAAAUUGUCUCCAUACAUAGAGCCUUUUCUGUAUCAUCAUCCCUAUGCUGGGAGGAGGCCUUGUUCUUACAGCUGCAGACUGCCUCCAGCUGAUGGAGCCCUAAAUCAUGAAAGAAAAUCUACAUCCUUUCAGAUGCUAUAGAAAAGUACUGAUGAGGUGUUAACUUUGGUAAGGGCUGAAAAGAGAGAGACAAUUAUGGGCUGUUUUGUUCAAUAUAUUUAGUUCUGUUCAUUAUGUGAUGAGAGUUGCAGGUGAGAUUGAUGUAUUGUUUUGAAAGUGGAUCAAAGUAGCCUUUGUUGUGAUGAGAGCAUGAUGUGUUUUUUUCCCCAUCCCCAGCUGUGAUUUGUUUUGAUACAGUUGCAUUUCUUUGCAGCUGAGCUACAACCCUGUAGAGCUUCAAGCUAGAAUAUCUACUCCACCGUAUCAUAAGCAGUGCUCUAGCCUUGCUGGUGCGGUGCUUCCAGCACCACCAGGUAUCUCUGCUUAGUGAGCGGCCUUUUUGUUUUAUAAAAACAAAAGGGAAAGUCUCAGUGAGAGGGCAGCUGCAGAUCUUCAUCCUGUGCUACUGGUCGUACUCCUUUCUGGUCAUUUUUCCCAAACACUGAAGAGAGCAGUAACAACAAUGGAAAAAGAAUUAACACUUUUAAUGGACACAGGCUUUGAAAGUCACCUUUUUCAUUUGCAACCAUUUCAUUCACUUCAGUUGUGAUGUGGUUUUAGUGGCUGUUGUCUCAGGAACAGUUGAAUUUAGAAGUGAGUGCUUCACACCAUUUGGAAGCCUGACAUUCUGGUUUUCCUAGGGUAUAAUGCAGUCAUCUCUUUAAUUUUUACCUGCUAAAAUCAUAAAGUGAAAGAAGAAUGUGGAUACAUUUUAAGGUCUAAUAUCUUGAUCUCUAUUACACCUAAAACCACCUUAGUGCCCUGUUGUGUUACAGGCAUUUGUCAGCCUCUGAAAUGCCAUCUCUGUUGCUACUCUGGAAAUCUGAGUAGCUGUCUGGCCUCAGGUGCUCACUCUGGCAAUACUGUUUAGAACAUGAGAUUUAUUAGCAUCACUGCUGUUCUCCAUAAAAAUGACAGAUUCAUUUCUGUGUAAUUCCUUUGCCAGAUCAGUUCACCAGGAACGGUCAGGGGAGAGGAAGAAUAAUCUCCAUAGAUUAAUGACAGCGCAGUUUUCAUGCUAGAAGGUGAAUUGAGGAAAGGAUGGCAUUCUUAUCCUCCCAUGUUCCUCUAACGAUUACUAUUGUUUUGGAAAUCCCAGUCCUGGGUCUUCCUGGCCAGAGAAGGAUUAACCUGCAGGGGCAUGCAAUCAUGGAAUCACAGAAUGGGUUGUGCGGGAAGGGACCUUUAAAGAUCAUCUAGUUCCAACCCUCCUGCCAUGGGCAGGGACACCUUCCACCAGACCAGGUUGCUCAAAGCCCUGUCCAGCCUGGCCUCGAACACUUCCAGGGAUGGGACAUCCACAACUUCUCUGGGAAACCUUUUCCAGUGCCCCGCCACCCUCAUAGUAAAGAAUUUCUUCCUUAUAUCUAGUAUAAAUCUACCCUCUUUUAGUCUGAAAUCAUUGCCCCUGGUAAAAAGUCUCUCUAUAUACUCUCUAAGGCCCCUCUAAGUACUGAAAGGCUGCAAUAAAGUCUCCCCAGAACCUUCUCCAGGCUGAACAACCCCAACUUUCUCAGCCUGUCUUCAUAGGAGAGGUGUUACAUUGCUCUGAUCAUUUUGUGGCCUCCUCUGGACCCACACAGCAGGUACAUGUCUUUCUUGUGCUGGUGGCCUCAGAGCUGAACACAGAACUUCGGGUGGGGUCUCAAGAGAAUGGUCAGUAGUUUGCAGGUUCCUCCUUUGUACCAUUUUAAAAAAUGGGUGUGAUUCCCUUUUUCCAGUCAUGGCCUGUACCAUGACUUUUCAGAUAGGCAGAGUGGAUUAGCAACUAUGUUUGCCAGCCACAUGCCAACUACAUCUGCUUGUAUUAUGGCUGAAGAGACUAAAUUGUAAAUAUUUUUAUCUUUUCUCAUCUUUAAUGUAUGUUCCUAGGAAAAUCACAGCACAGUUAACAAGGGGUAGGCAAGUGGUUACCGUCUGAGGUCUCUGUGGCCUUGAGAAGUCUGCAGAGCUACACUAAAUGGUAUUUUAAAGUAAACAUUUUGUCCCUAAUAUAUGAUACUAGCAGCAAGAAAUGUUGAUUCUUUUUAGUCUGAAAACCUUGGAAAGCCCUGUGCCAUGAAUUUCAAGAGAGGUUAGCCUGCCAUCUUUUUCCAUCAGACAUCCAGCAGACCCAGGAAACAUUUUACAUAGCAAAUUGAAAUUGCAUCUGCAACAAUGACUAUGUCAGAAAGGCGCCAAAACAGUGAUUUAACAGUCUCUGAAUACCUGUAUCUUUUAAAUCAUACUGAGAACUGGAGUGUUGCAAUCUCCUCAUUUCAGUAAUGUCUGUCCCUUAUCUCAGUCACUGUAGUUUAUUUGAUCAAACCCUCAGGAAUGAGUUGUGUGUAUUAAGAAUACAAGACUUCCCCUCAUUUAUUUGAAUCACUUUUGUUUGCUUGAUGCUGGUACUUUAGGGCAUUUGUACACUAUGUGUUAGAAGUUGCCGUUUAUGCAUCUAGCUUAUAAAUAAGUAGUUGGAAGCUAGUUCUCCUAAGAAAACUAUGUUCAUAAGAACCGUCCAACAUUUCUUUUGAAUCCAAGUGCCUGGUAGAGUAUUGAAGAUUUUAUGAGUAGUGAUUCUACAAGUUUUACAAGAUCAUAAGAAUUUCAGCCUCAGAAAAAAGGGUAGGUCUUGGUUCCCUGAAGGCAGGUCUGGGCAGCACCCAUCAGUCAGCUCCAUCUUGCUCUGAAAUCCUAGAUUUCAUAUCUGCCUGUACAAAUCUGAAGGAAUUUUCAGUUACUGAUGGUGUCUGUCCUCAGGCUAUCUUUAUUUUUCCCAUUAGAAAUGCGUCUGCAGCAGCACCAAGUGGACCAAAUCAAAAAGUGAGGGGUGAUGUGGAGUAGGGCUUCCAUCUCUAUAGCUGCAUAACCCUAAUGACCCGUGACUCUUGCAGCAGAGGGGAGCAGGUGGCCAGAGGCUGAUGGAGGGGCUGAGAAGAGCCUCUUGUUUCAGAAAAGAAGUAAUGGUUCAUGUCUGCACCAUCGCUCAGAACACCUGCAGAAUGCUGGCGCUGGGAAAUAAUGAGCCUGAUUAUUAUGGGGUCUCAGAUUAUAAGUUUUCCAGUGAUCAAUUUUUAUUGCUGGCAUAAAACUAAAGUCCUUUUCGUACAGAAUAUGGAUGUCUGGGUCAUGUCAAGGACACAGAUGGUUUUGUGGCCUUAAAAUGAAGCAUCACAACAGUGAGUUGCUAAGAAGUCAACUGACAUGAUCAGUGAAUCCUGAAAAAAAAGCCCUUGCAGUAGCAGCAGAAUCAAGCACCAGCAGUAAGUUUGGCUGUGCUGUGAAAAAUGUGAUCUGAGUUACUGUGAAAAAAGUUUUGACAUAAUUAAAUGGGAAAAUAAACACCAGUGGUAAUGACUUCUCAACAAUGCCGUUAUCCCUUUAAAGUGCAUUGUAAAAGUUUCAGGGAGUGGCUUCAGUGCGAAUAUCCUCAGACCACUCAGUUUCCAGUGAAAUGGAAAAUUAAUAAAGUUAGCACUCUGAAUACUUAAAAACUUUGAGAAACUCCAACACGUAUCACCUGAGACAGCCAGCUGGAAUUAUUCAGGUCUUUGUGCUGGCCUGUAAUAUAGGAACUGGACCUGUAAGCAUCCCAGCCAUUGUUCCCAUCACUAGAUCAGAGGUGGCCAUCACCAGGGUGCCCCAUACUCACCUUCCCUGCAGCCAGCUGUGGCAGCUUCAUCUGCUGGGUCUCCCUGAGAAGUCGCAGCUCCUGCUGCGAUGUCUGAGUCCCUGCGUAGCUCGCUGAAUUGUGUUUUUCAUUCUGGCUUGUGACUCUGGGUACCUGUGAGUCAGCGGUUACGCGGCUUUCCUAAUCUUUUCCAACAAGCCCCCUCUAGAUGGGCAAUACCAGUUCACCAGUCAUAUAAGCCAAAUAGUUUUGCAAUCACCAGAGAGACUUAGACACACCAAUCCUCUCCAGCGUUACCUAAAACUGACCAGAGAAACCUGUGGGAGGGAGCAGCGUAGAAAGUAUCAAGCAUUAUAAGAUGGAACUGGCAUUUUGCAGAGGGAAGAGAAAGCGCAUUCUCAGAGCAUUUUUUCAGGGGAUUUCAGAAGAGUUAACACACUUGGAUGCCACUGUGGGCUGUGACCAGCUUCCUCUGAUAACACAGUGAUCUGACAUUGAGCAGAAGAGCUUUGCUUGGCCAAGUUGCUGAGCUGCUCCUACAUUUCCAGGUUGUCUUGAGGAAAGUAACUGCUGACUCUCCAUAUGCUCGCAGAGGAUUAUGUCUCUUUUGAACUAAGGUCUCUCCCAAAGCUGCUUCUGUGAAGAGAUGCAGGACGGGCCCUGGGCUGGACAAAUAUAGAUCCUUGAGAAGGAGCAAUCACAAAACACUUUAGAACUCAAACUUCAUCACAAACUGUUACAGGUAUGUAAACAGAACACCACAGUGUUUAUCAUGCCUGGGAUGUUCUGAAAAUAAUUUUAAUAUCAUGGAGAUUGUUUUGCUGGGAAUCCACUUGGUGCUAUCUUCCUUUUCCUCCGGGGAGCUUUCACACAAAGAUGUGGGUGAGGAUCUGUUCUGUGUCACUAAGGAAAGGCUUUGGGACAUGUGGAAACAGAAGCUAGAGGGACUUCAGCUUAUUUCUUGGCUGGGUCCAGGAGCAAAGAGACCUUUGGCAUAAGCCAGGUGCUGCAGAUCUGACCCUAUGACUGCAGAAAUUUCUGUGGUACAGCAUCUCCAUCUCCAUCCUGGCUGUAUGUGCUUUCUACAACAGAUGUGACAUUGAAACCAACCUCAUCAUCACUUUGGACUCCUGAAGUCCCUUUCCCAUUGCCUGGAAGAUCACAAGAGAGAUUCAUUACGUGAUGGGAUGGGAUGGGAUGGCUGUUAUUUUGAUAUGAUCUUAAAUAUGCCAGCUAGAUUACCAGCAUUAGAAACAGAAAAAUCUUAAGAAUAAAGUUAGCCAAUAGGGAAGGAAUGAAUCUGCCAUGAGUCCCAUAUGAAUUAUCUUGUGACAUUUAUAAUUGCUUUUUGACAUUCACCCCUGCAUGCACGGGGGCCUUUGCCAGGAGACCUUCAUCUCCUCUCUCUUUCCGCUGGUCAUUUUUUGUCAUGCUUGUAAUCCCUCUCUGACCCCUCUGCUUCCCUUGGCUAUUUCCAGUUAACUUUCAGUGUUGUGCCUAAGGGUUUCAGUCAAUUUAGAUGUAGAGUGUGUGACAUUUUGUAAAAAGACUGUUAAAAGACUUUUACCCCCUAUAAAGGCAAAAAUUACAGAAUAUACAAAACAAAACCAAAAGCCCUCCAGAUAUUCUCUCAGGCCCAAGCAGGAAUGUUACUGGAAACAUUUUAAAAAUUAAAGCUGAACAUAAUUUCCAAACUAUGAAGUAUUGUUUUCAACCCCAGGACAGCUGCAGUCAGAGCUCUGAAGUGCAAACAACAGAAGCAAAUACAUUCAGUUUUCAUUGUCCUUGGUGGGAGCAGUGGCACAGAGCAGCAGCAUUUCAUGAGUCAUAGAAAGCAAAUGGGAUUCCAAGAUACUGUUAGUUACAUUUGAGUUCAAAAGUAUGAAUUAGAAGUUGUCAGGCUCAUUGUAAAACCAAAAUUCAGUUCAGGGAAAUGGCAAGGUUUUAAUCUCUAAGGCCUGGUGGUGGCUCUCUGCCACACCUGCUCACUAUAUAUAGAUUUUUUUCUUUUUGCAAAGCUCUACUCAUGUUCAGAGAACAACAUGUCCUUUCUAUCCCAAGCAUAAAAAUGUAACUAAAGAGGUGAAAGGAGCAUCUUCUGCAUCCCUUCCCCAGGCAGACAGCCUGCAGAGCACCAACACUGUCCCAUCGUGCAUCCCAACAGACUGGCCUUCAGUUUGGUUUGUACAAGCUACAUAGUCCAGAGGCUCUGGGCUGGGAACUCGGUGCCUCCUGUGUGACUUCCAUAGACCCUGUUGAAAGCCUUUUCUUUGCUGUUGCUUGCCUACAACAGCCGCUUCCCACCCAUUAUGCACUGAGUCGCUUUCUUUGCUAUACUCAGCUGUUGUUAUUUUACUUAGAUUGUCCUUCUCUGCUAUGAUGAACUUAUUUUUAAUGUGGGGGGGAAAAGGACAUGAGAAUACUCUGUAUGAUGAAAAUACAACAUUUUUAUAGCUUUUUGGGACACGUCCUCAUCUCCAAUUACCAAGCGUUAUACAUUUGCCAUGCUUGCAGUUUCAAGGUUGUUGCUUUUGAGUUGUUACCAUGGAGAAUAAAAGGAAAAGCUACUGCCA